CUCACUUCCUUUUCUCUUCGUUAAAAAUGGCUUUCCGUUUCACUCAAUUCUUGGCCAUCGGCUGUCUUUUCUUGGUCGCUGUCAAUGCUGCCGCCAUUGACAACAGCGUUGCCGAACCACGCAUUGCAUCCUCGGAGGAUUUGAUCACCAACAUUGUGGACAACUGCUUCAACGAGAAUGGCAUGCACUGCUUGAAGGAGAAGGUGCUCACCUAUUUGGAUAAUGUUUCGGGUGUUGAGGAGGAGGUCAGCGGCCGUGCCUUGAGCGAUGAUGUCAUGGAUAAGGCAAUUACCGAUCGUGUUGCUCGCAUCUUGACCACCAAUGAAAUUCGUGUACAAUUGCCCCAGACCUUGUUCGAUGGUUCCGUUAUCACCUAUCGUGCUGAUCGUGGUUUCGAUUUGGAAACUACCGAAACUGAUGCCCGCAGCCACAAGAAGAAGAACAAGUUGAACACCAGCUUGUUGUUGUUGGUCACCAUCAAGGCCAUCAUCAUGCCCAUCCUCAUGACUUUGAUCAAAUUGAAGGCCAUCAAGGCUUUGAUCUUGUCCAAAUUGGCCAUCAAAUUGGUUUUGGGUUUCGUCAUCUACAACUUGUUCACCAAAUUGUCCGGUGCCAAGAUGACCAUGAUGCCCAUGUCUGCCGCCUCCACCGCCUACGAUCGCAGCAGCAACGCUGAUGCCCAAUACUUGGCCUACAAUGCCUACUAA